AUGGCCAGUUUACCUGCCGACUCGUCAAGAGGGCGGUACCCAAUUCGCGACCCCGUAGUGUCUGGCCAAUCACGGCAGCGACCCGCCUUCAGCCAGGAACACUUCGACGCAGAAUUCGGGGCGACCUCGAAACAUCUGCGUCCUGGAGUUCUGGCUUUGGCCCGGAGAGUGCUGGGAAGGAAACGGAAACGAUUCAAGACACGCAUUUUGGCCUACGUCCCUAUCCUGGCCUGGGUCAAGUCCUACAGCGUGAAGAAAGACCUCUUGCCGGAUGUCCUGACGGGCAUCACCGUUGCUGUGUUUCACGUACCCCAGAGCUUUGGCUAUAGCCUACUUGCUGGCGUGUCUCCUGUCUACGGUCUCUACACAUCCCUCUUUCCCAUGAUCAUGUACGCGAUCUUCGGAAGCUCACGGCACGCAUCCAUUGGAGCCUUCGCUGUCGUCUCCAUCAUGACAGGAAGCCUUGUGGAAAGCAACAAGGAACAGUUCACGGCGGCGCAGGUGGCCUCCACUCUGUCUUUUCUCGUUGGAAUAUAUCAGCUAGUCUUCGGCCUCUUGCAGCUGGGUGGGCUCAGCAACUUCCUCUCAGAGCAGCUCGUGAGUGGAUUCACUGCUGGAGUCUCUGUUCAUAUCGGCUCCAGCCAAUUGGCGGGUCUCUUCGGUAUCAACGUUACUCUCUACUCUGGCCCCUUCUUGCUAGUCAAGACCUUCGCAGAAUUCUUAAGCCGGCUGAAGCAAACGCAUCUUCCGACGUUGGCUCUUUCAGCGAGUUCCCUGUUGGUCAUGGGACUGGUGAAGGUCACAUUAGACCCACUGCUCAUCUCUAAGAUAGGCAUCCCAGUGCCGAUCGAGAUGGUCGUUGUCAUCGUAGGAACGUUGCUUUCCAGUCAUCUCAACCUAGAAGGCUACAAUAUCACUGUCAUCCAAGAAAUUUCUCACGAGAGCCCAAGGCCACACCUGCCAGUCUUUUCUCCCCAUCUGCUGUCCAACUUAGCCGUCCCUGCAUUGGCUGUUGCUGUGGUUAGCUACGCAAUCACCAUUUCCAUCGCUAGGUUAUUUGCGCGCAAGCAAAACUACAAGAUUGACCCCAACCAGGAAUUCAUCGCAUUGGGAGCAUCGAACCUGUUCGGUUCCUUCUUCACCUGUUUUCCUGUCGGAGCGUCCGUGCCGAGGAGUUCCAUUCAAGCAGGAGCAGGAGGGAAGACGCAGUUGGUGAGCUUCAUCAAUUCUCUACUCAUCCUAAUCGUCAUCUUAUGUUUCGGCCAUUACUUCGAAAGGCUACCCAUUGCCAUUCUCUCCUCAAUCAUCUUCAUCUCACUCAAGAAGGUCUUCAUGCAAGUCAAAGAGUUCAAGACAUUCUGGGACAUUUCUAGGAUUGACGGCAAUGUCUGGAUGGUGUCGUUCUUGGCCACAAUCAUAGUUGACGUACAGUUCGGCCUCAUCAUUGGUGUCAGUUUUUCACUAUUCGUGCUGAUUUACCAAAUCAGAAGCCCCAAGACGUACCUACUAGGUAACAUUCCCAACACCGACUUCUACGUUCCGCUCAACAAGUACAACAUGGCAGUCGAGAUACCAGGAGUAAAGGUGUUCCACUUUGGUGGCCCUCUCCACUUCGCUAAUUCUUCCUAUUUCUGUUCGCGCCUAGCGCGCACGACGCACGUGAAUGUUCGAAAUGUCCUGAAAGGAAAGAAAGCUCGUCGUGAUGUUAUUGCAGCAUACAAUGGAACGGCGACCCCACGAGGCCCCUCCUUCACGAGUUUCCCAGUGAACCACGAAACUUCGUUCGAAGCGGGCAUCUCGGUAGCGACCGUAUCACCAAACAACCUACCUUCGUACAUCAUCCUUGACUUCUCAAGGGUGGCCUUCGUUGAUGGUACCAGCAUCAUGACACUCAUUCAGAUUGUGCAAGAAUACCAAAACAUAAGCAUCACCAUUUACAUGGCAGCUUGCUCAUCUUCAGUUCUCUCGAUGCUCCAGAGAGGCGGGAUGUUCAAGACGCUGCCUUCUUCAAACUUUUUCCCAUCCGUUCACGACGCUGUCAUGCACACUGUGCCAGGAAAAAAGAGAAGCAUUGAAGCUGAGCAUCAACCAAAGGCCUUCCCGUUCUGGGAGAUGCACUGAUUAGGUCACGAGCAUAGUGCAGCCUGAAUUCAUCUUGCAAGAACAAAAAGCGCCGUACCCGUGAAAACUU